GUGUCUGUUUUGAGAGGAAGAAGAUGAAGAAGUGUCCAGAUUGGAGAGACACCAGAAUCUUUCGCUGGAGAUGCUGAAAUGGAGCGGAUUCAUUCUGAAAAUUGUAAGGGAUAUGAGAUUUGACCUCAAGUUUAAUGCAGGUUGAUGUAGGUGGAUUAACUAAGUCAGGGUCUUUGCAAUCUUUAUUUUUCCAUUUGCUUCAUUUUCUUAUUUGUUUUUGCUUUAUUUUGUCUUUGAAUAUUGUGUGGACCUUUCUAGCUUCUUUUAAUCUCUUUUGGACUAAAGAAAGUAAAAAGACAUAAAACAGUGGAUUUAAUGACAACUCCUAGGUGUUUUGGGUCAUAUGUUACGGAUGAAUGGGCAUUUUUGAUUGCUUGUGUCUGUGUCAGUGUUAUGAAAUUUUUUCAGCUAUUCUCAUGUUCAUAUGUCCAGAAUUUGAAAUCAUUUGGAAAUACUCAGUUUGCAUAUGGUACUGAGAUGUGGGAUAGAACACACUGUAAAUCUGAAAUUGUAUGUAGUGAAAAGGGCGGGAGUGAGUUUGGCCUUGACUUCUUUCUUUUGAGGUCUAUAAUGAUAAUAUAUUGAACCUGGGAGAUUUAUUAAAUGCUGCAAUUUAAAAUUAUUCUGCUAUAUUACUCACUUAAUAUAGCUGCAGAAAGAAUAAGAAAAGAGGCAGGAUUUCAGAAUUUACUGAAUGGUUGGAAAGAAACAACUGGUUUCUAAAAUAAAGAAAAUGUUUUUCCAUGAAAUUCAAGAUGUCUAAUUGCCUCCCCCCGCCAAAUUCUAGGGCAUAAAAUCAGAAAUGGCAGAAAUGUCCUAGUACAUUUCCUUUGCUAGUACAUUUUCUUUACUCAGUGAUAUUUUACAGUGUACAAACGUGAGUUGAAGAAUAUUGUGUCUUUGAAAAUUUUCAAAAUGCUUUUUUCUGUUGUCCUUAUAGCUCUAUCUUGUAUGGGUAAUUGUAAAGGCUGUUUCUAAUUCAGGUGGUUGCCACCUUCAAGUUUUAUAAGUAGUGCAUUCAAGGUACCUGCAGCAGGAUAGCAGAGCAGAAGCACCACCAGACAUCUAAGGGACUCAGCCCAGCGUUGAGAAGAUUGUUGGUGUGUUUCAUUCUGUCUGUUUACACGCUAAUAUAAGCUGCACUUUCGAUUGGCUGAGACAGUCUAUGGAUAAAUUGUGAAAUAAAAUAGUAAAGUUCAACCCUGAGAAACAUUUCCAAUCUUUGUGCUGUAGAUAAAAUCUAGAUGUUUAUUUUCUAAUUUGUUUCAGGUGGUGGAGAAAUAUUAUAUGAAAGAGAAGGGAAAAACCCUCCAGAUGACAGAAUCUUGUAUUUUACAGACUGAAGUAAUUUUAUUAUACCUUUUGGGACAUACGUUCAGUGAGUACAUACUGAAUGUGGAAGAAAAGCUGGAAAUCUUACAUAUGUAUUUGUGGAGUCCCCAGAUGUGACUGGCGUUAAUAAUUGUGCCACAUCGUUAUAAUUUCAAUGGAUUUUUGGAGAUGAGACAUUUGAUGUGUUAAAUUACUAAGUACUGGGAAGGGUGCCUACUCUGUGCUUGGCACCAUGUUAGGAGCUGAGGAUUCAAGAUCUAAGCACAGUUCUCUCUCUCCCAGAACACACAACACAGCCUGCACAGUGGAAAGUCAAUAAGAACUUAUUACAUGAUGGGAAAUGAAAAAAUAGCAGCCGUUGAAGUUUGAUGAAGGUAAUUCACCAUGGGAAAUAGAUAUCACCAUGAGCAACACAAGUAUUGUCACCUCCAGCACUAGCCAAGAUGUGCAUCUGGGCAGCUUUGGCAAGAUUUUCUCGCUAUGCUUCUAGAGGUAUUCUUUAAGCCUGUUAUUGACGACCUGAGGAUGAAAUUGGCCAAAAAAUGCACCCAACUCAUUAGUGAUAUCCAUUAUAAACAAGAGUAUAAAAAGUCUAAGGACAAGUGUACAUUUGUGACUGACACCCCUAUGCUAAACCAUGUAAAAAAUAUUGGCGCUUAUAUUUCUGAGGUGAAAUACAAGGGCACCAUUAAGGCGGACCUUUCCAAUUCUCUUUAUAAGCAGAUGCCAGCCACAAUUGACAGUGUCUUUGCAGGAGAAGUUACGAAGCUUCAGAGUAAGAUUGCCUACAAGCAGAAACAUGAUGCUGCCAAAGGAAUCUCUGAUUAUGCCCAUAUGAAGGAGCCCCCUGAGGUCAAACAUGCCAUGGAGGUCAAUAAACACCAGAGUAAUAUUUCUUAUAGAAAAGAUAUGCAGGACAGCCACAUGUAUAGUGCGGGGCUCGACAGACCAGACAUCAAGAUGGCAAUGCAGAUCUCCAAGAUCAUAAGCAAUGCAGACUAUAAGAAAGGGCAAGGAGUAAUGAAUAAGGAGCCUGCUGUAAUUGGAAGACCAGAUUUUGAACAUGCUGUGGAAGCGUCUAAACUUUCUAGUCAGAUUAAAUACAAAGAAAAAUUUGAUAAUGAAAUGAAGGAUAAGAAACAUCAUUACAAUCCCCUUGAAAGUGCUUCUUUUAGGCAAAGUCAGCUUGCCAAUGCACUGGCGAGUAAUCGAGAGUAUAGAAAACUGUUUGAGGAAAACAAAGGAAUGUAUCAUUUUGACGCGGACGCUGCGGAACACCUGCACCAUAAAGGCAACGCCACGCUCCAGAGUCAGGUUAAGUACAAAGAAGAAUAUGAGAAAAAUAAGGGGAAAUGCAUGCUUGAAUUUGUUGAGACACCGUCAUAUCAAGCUUCAAAGGAGGCUCAGAAGAUGCAGAGUGAGAAAGUUUACAGAGAGGAUUUUGAGAAGGAGAUUAAAGGAAGGUCAUCACUGGAUUUAGACAAGACUCCAGAAUUUUUACAUGUAAAAUACAUCACCAACCUUCUGAAGGAGAAGGAAUAUAAAAAAGAUUUGGAAAAUGAAAUAAAAGGGAAAGGAAUGGAACUUAAUUCAGAAGUUCUUGAUAUUCAAAGAGCAAAACGAGCAUCUGAAAUGGCUAGUGAGAAAGAAUACAAGAAAGACCUGGAGUCACAAAUUAAAGGGAAAGGAAUGCAAGUUGGCGCUGACACCCUUGGGAUACAACAUGCCAUAAAAGCUUCAGAGAUGGCUAGUGAGAAAGACUAUAAAAGAGAUCUGGAGACUGAAAUUAAGGGGAAAGGCAUGCAGGUGAGCACAGACACUCCGGAUAUCCAGAGAGCUAAGAAAGCAUCCGAAAUGGCCAGCCAGAAAGAAUAUAAGAAGGACUUAGAAAAUGAAAUUAAAGGGAAAGGCAUGCAGGUGAGCAUGGAUAUCCCAGAUAUGCUUCGAGCCAAGAGGGCAUCUGAAAUCUACAGCCAGAAAAAGUAUAAAGAUGAAGCAGAGAAGAUGCUUUCUAACUAUUCUCCUGUGGCAGAUUCUCCUGAAAUUCAGAGAAUUAAGACAACUCAACAAAACGUCAGUGCGGUAUUUUAUAAAAAAGAAGUUGGAGCUGGUAUAGCAGUAAAAGAUACUCCAGAGAUUGAACGAGUGAAGAAAAAUCAGCAGAAUAUUAGUUCAGUGAAAUACAAAGAAGAGAUGAAAUGUGCAACAGCCAUUUCUGAUCCUCCAGAGCUAAAGAGAAUUAAAGAAAACCAGAAGAACAUCAGCAAUCUCCAGUAUAAAGAGCAGUGCCCCAGGGCAACCCCACUAAGCGUAACACCAGAGAUAGAGAGAGUGAGGAGAAACCAGGAGCAGCUGAGUACGGUAAAAUACAAAGGAGAGAUGAAACAGGCAACCCCAAUUUCUGAUCCACCAGAGCUGAAGAGAGUUAAAGAGAACCAGAAGAACAUCAGCAAUGUUUAUUAUAAAGGUCAGCUGGGAAGAGCCACGGCUUUAAGUGUAACUCCUGAAAUGGAAAGAGUAAAGAAGAAUCAAGAAAAUAUUAGUUCGGUAAAAUAUACCCAGGACCAUAAACAGAUGAAAGGUAGACCAAGUCUGAUUUUAGAUACACCUGCUCUGAGACAUGUCAAAGAAGCACAAAAUCAUAUUUCAAUGGUAAAAUAUCAUGAAGAUUUUGAAAAGACCAAGGGAAGAGGCUUUACUCCUGUCGUGGAUGACCCUGUGACAGAGCGAGUGAGGAAGAACACCCAGAUUGUCAGUGAUGCAGCCUAUAAAGGUGUCCAUCCUCACAUCGUGGAGAUGGACAGGAGACCUGGGAUCAUUGUUGCCCCUGUUCUGCCUGGCGCCUACCAGCAAAGCCAUUCCCAAGGCUAUGGGUACAUGCACCCAGCCAGCCUGUCGUCCAUGAGGUCAAUGCAGCAUUCACCAAAUCUAAGGACCUACCGAGCCAUGUAUGAUUACAGUGCCCAGGAUGAAGACGAAGUCUCCUUUCGGGAUGGCGACUACAUUGUCAACGUGCAGCCCAUCGACGACGGCUGGAUGUACGGCACCGUGCAGAGAACUGGGAAAACCGGGAUGCUCCCCGCGAAUUACAUUGAGUUUGUUAAUUAAUUAUUUCUCCUUGCCCUUCGAGCUUUCUUCUAAUGUGUACUAAACCUAAUCUUUUUAAAAGAUAGGAGAUACUUUUAAGACAACUUGGCAGUUAUUUUACAAUAAUCUAUCCUUCCUUUGACAAUUAGACACACAGGUACCAGGAAGAAGGAAUGACUUCUGGGCUGAAAACAGCAGCAUUUUCAGUAAUUCCUGUAAACAAAAUAAUUAGGUCUGGAGACCUGGUGCUGCUAAUUGUGCGAAUGGUUUCCUUUGAUUGGCUACUGAACCCUUCUGGGAAAUGUAUUUUUGUAGACUUUGCUAGAGGUGUUGAUUGUCCCUUAAAUGUAACAAGUAUAUGAAACUUCUUAGCUGUCACUUUGGAAUCACCAGAAGCCAAUUCUCUUAAUUCAGUAACACAGCCAAUAAUUCAAAACCAUUUAGCUUCUGAGUCAUCAGGCAAUUUCCAAUUCAAGUGAAAAUUGCCUAAUACAAUAGAUGUAAGCAGUGGCAGAAUGACAGUGUGGUUAAAAUUAUAUUGACUGGCCUUAGGGACCUAGAAACUUCUACCGAACAAAGAAAUUUCCUCGUUCCCUCGGCCGACUUGGGUCUAUUUAUUUCUCAUUUGUACCAAGGCAUACCCUACUCUCCAUUUGCAUUCUGUGGACCCAAGUAUGUGCUUGGCUGCACAGAAUGUCAGGACCAAAUAACUUCAUAGCUACUCUGCAAAGGGCAAAUCUUAAGGUCAUCUAUAGUAUUUCCCAAUAACCUUUACCCUGUUGCAUGUCAUGUAGGUUCAAGCUUCUGUAGUGUAGGCAGCUGCACUGCCCAUUCCUGUAAUUAAAGCAAAAAGUGUGGCUGAUAUUUAAAGCCCUUUCCUCUAGUUGCCAGCUCAUCAGAAAAACAUAUUUUGAACAGUUGCUUGAGAUUCUCUUGCUGCAUUGCACUCUAGUUCUGAAGGAUUUACACCUUAGGAAAUAGACGUAUACUCUAGUCAAUAAGUGAUUUAGGUGUUUAUUGAACAGCUUUCAUUAACUUAAUGCCGCUGUUGAUUUAAAAGUUAAGAAAAAUUCACAGGAGCCAGUGACAACGUGGAAUAUGAAGUGUGCUGGAAAAAACCAGCAGACAAGAAGUUACCAGCUCCACAAAGAGAGAGAUGAUCUGGUUUCUUCUUUUGAAAAAUAGUUUUCAAAUUCUGGAAUGGAAAUUUAGCCACUGAAACUGGUUAAUGAAGAGAUUUCCUUUCCACUUUCCGAUUUUUAUUUUCUAAAUCACAUUCAGGGGGUGAGAUAGGAAUGUCAUCAGAGAGUUUAGGUACAGGUUGUUCACUAAAAAAGAGAUUGUUGUCACAUUUUGAUUUUUCAAUGAGUGACCUUGCAGUGUCUUGCUGGAUUCACAGCCAUGACUGCGGCCUUUGCUGGCGGGUCAUAAUUUCACCUAGAGUCCACAGUCAAGAUCACCUGAGAGAUUAACGUCCAUCAGCAACUCUGUGUUUUUCUGAUUGUGCCAUUUACUGGGACCUGCAACAGGGUAGCAUUCAUGUAGGGUCUGACUCCAUAGUUGUGAUGAAACAGAGAAAGCAAAGUUACAACAAUGUAAUAAAAUGUGUGGGUCCUAGGAAUAUCUACUUGAUAUGAUAUAUUCAAAGAAAUUAACAACAUAUCCUAUCAAAUAUCUUUCAUUGAAAUGUUUCUUAGUCCGAAUGCAAAUGUGAAUUCAUUGACACCUUUGAAAAGUUAGCACAGACUUUUGAAAAUCUGUAGUUUCAUCUUAUCUGGCUAAAAGAGUAAAUAGGCUUUAAAAUUACACUCAAGCUGCAUCUACAUGACACUGACAUAAAAUAAAAAGAAAAAUUCAGGCAAAUAACUAGAGAUUUUUUUGAUGGGGUUUUACAGAUGACUCAUAAUAACUAGCUUGACUGAUUUUCUAUCGUUGAAAUGACCAGUUGUUAUUAAAUUGAUUAAACCCCAUAUCUGUUUUGAUGUCUUGUACACAAACCUACAAAGACAAGAAGCUGAACUUGCAAUAUUCUUGCAAAAAUUUUUGUGCAUUAAAACUGAGGGCAAUAAGCUUGCUCAAUUUUAUUAUAUUGUUAAGUAAAUAUUUAUGUUUCACCCAGACAGACCACUUUUUGUGAUUAUAAAAGAGUAGUUGUUGAUUCAAUUUGCAGACAAAAUGUAGGACAGGUACAAUUUUUGAUAAAUAGCACAUUUAUAGGAAGCUCAAAGGAAAUUGACUUGAAAUGAUUAUAAUCAGGAAAGUUACCGUAAAGUAGCACCUUGAUUUUGCAUUGUGUUUUUCAUCCACUGAUUUCAAAAUCAGAUUCAUUGAAUGUAAAAGUCAAUACUUAUUUGGGGAAUAAUUCUCUUAAACUUUUAAGCUUCACAGAAUGUUUGCAUAGCAAGAUGUUUCUGCUUCCAGCCUUUACGAAUUAAGAUCCGAUCAGCAUUUAACUAGAGGGCAGUUGUUUUACAAUCAAGACUGAGGGAGAACAAGAUAUCCUGACGCUAUAACUUGAUAGUGUUGUCGUUGUUACUAAAGCCUGUCAGGAUAUUAAGCAUCUCAGCAGAAAUGUAGGAAACAGAUAUGUAAGAUACCACAGUGCUGUUUUUACAGCAUCGUUUUUCAAAACUACAUUCUUGAACAACUUUUCCCCUUUCCCCACAACUUUUCCUCCUUCAAUUUGGUAACAGGCAUCUCAUGAGUAACGCUGAGAUGCAUCUCACGCGACAGCUGAAGAAGGGUUUAAAAACAAGUCUUUUAAAAAUCAAGUUAAAGAAGACUGGCCAAGCACAGAGAGCAUGCACCUGACUUUCUAAAUUCAAUGUGUUCUCAAGCCUGAUAAAAGCACAAAGAGCAGUUUGCUAUGCUUUUAAAAGGUUCCAAAAACAAAACUGGAUGUGGAUCACAUCUCUCUUGAGAAAAGCAUAGCAACAGAAUAUAUUGCUUUUGUUGUCAGUUUUUGUAGGAAACGUUUUUUACUAAUUCUUGUUCUCUGGAAAAGCUUUCUAUUUCUAACCUGUGGCAAAACGAAUUCUUCCUGUCUUCUUGUUAUUGUUUACUCAUCCGAGGUGUAGCCCAGUUUGAAAUAUGUCUCUGGUUGUCAGGUGUCCAUGCAGACCCUCGCCUUCUCAGGCCUCCCCCCACCUGCAGAGACUGCACAGGAAUUUGCAAGCACAAUUUCCACAAGCACCUUGUAUGAAUAUGCAUGAGAUUAGACCAGCCUCUCUCUGGCCACUAGGUUCAUUGCUUGAAGAUGAUGAAGAUGCCGUUCUGCCAAUUUUACCACAGUCUUUCUUCCUUUAUCCUCUCCAUGUUGAGUUGGAUGACCCUCUGGGAGCUGGGGAGCAGACUUUUCUAAAACAGAUAGUGGAAGUUCAAGAGGCCCAUCUCUUUUUCAGGUUCAUCCAUCUCCAGUGGAAUGUUUUAAAUGAAAAGAUAAUGUGUGUGAUCCUUUAAUAACACAUCCCUAUAUAAUAACACAUCCCUAUAUAAAGUGGAAAUAGUUUAUACCAAAAUUAUAACAUAGAUAUAUAAAAAAAUAGGUGCCUUUUUGAUUACCCUGUUUAUCCAUUAUGGUCUUGGAAGGAAAACCAAGCGAGCAAGCUUCUGCCUAUUCUAUAGUAAUAUUUUAUUAUACAUGAUUGGUAUUUUUGUGGUGGGGAAGUGAGAUGCUCCUGACAGAUAUGAAAGGUGAUAGCUGCUUGUAUUUUACCUCUAAAGGUUUAGAACUUUAGAAAAUACCUGACUUCUUCUAUCUAUUUCUGAAAGGUUCUUGGUGGAUUUAUAUAGAGGUCAGAUGCAUAAACAUUAACUUUAGGUUUGAGAUUCAAAAUACCAAUUGGAAAAUAGAAGAAUUAUCUUAUGAGGCUGAAUUCAUUACACAAGAUGAAUUUCACUUCAUAAAUUCAUGAUACCUUAGCUAUUUGCUUCUGAUAAUCUAGAAGUGGCUAGAGUGUGGUUGUUUUGGGUAGUGUGACAUGGAGCUGAGAAAGGUUUAGUUAAGUAAGAAGCUAUGUAAACUAAGAAUGCUAAAAUGAAAGUCUCUUUCUGAAAUAAUCCAUGCCCAUUAAGGGCCUUUCCAGGCAACUAACUGUUAACUAUUGAUGAUCAAAAAAAUCAAGACAUUCUUCUGUGGCCAUUGUUCCAUGAUGCUUAGACUACUGGAAUCCACAAGCCUGGAAGGGAUCCCCAGGGUAAAUUUCCUCCGCAAUUGUCCAUAUCACUUCAUGGGAAUUCCAUAUGCUUUUUGUGUUUGAUAUAUGGUAUCCAGUUUGCAUAGUGUAUACGUCUUUGUAAUCCAGUUGCCAUUAAGAAUGAUUUGCUUCAAAGGAAAAGAGAAAACUGUAUCGUAGUCCCAUUCUUCAGUAUCCACACAGUGAAUGGCUGAGCUUUUAGAAGCAGCACCAAGGAUGUUACAGGCAUGGUAUGGAACUGUUGGUCUUUGACCUGUGAUAAAAACGCAAAAUUGAAUCAUUGUGCAGUUUGGCUUCUGUUUGCUUCAAAAUUUAUAGAAUUGUGAUUGAUGAUUAAUUUGCAAGAUUGUACUCACUUUGAGAGCAUACAGUUUUGAAGAAAACACUGAGUGUUUUUGAAAUGAAAGGGCUUACAGAAUGAUACAAUGUUAUUAGUAUAAUUUGGCUUUUGUUAUGCAAAUUGUUAACACCAGCUAUUAAAAUAUAUUUUAGUAGAAAUGCUUUAAUUCAUGUUUUUUUCCUCUACACUGUGAAUCUUUAAGCCUUGGUGGACUAGAGCAACAUCGUGCUGCCCAAAGGACUAACCUAUGCAAACUAGUUCACAUUUUAGUGGAUGUCACAGUAAUUGUGUAAUAAGACAUUAUUUCCCCCUGCAUAAUGUACAGCGGCAUUGAAAUAACACAUUAAGCCUAGCAUCAUGUAUGUAUAGUAUAGUCACUCACAAACCCUUCAAGCCUACCGUAAUCAUUAAUAUUAUUAUUCGUUUAAGAGAAAAUCGCUGAUUUAUCUAUUAAAACUACUUGAACGAUGUCAGGACAAGAAUGACAGAUGGAUACGCCGGCCAUGGCUUCAAUGUGGUCACUGCAAGUGUUCUCCUAUGAUAGAACUGCGUUCUCAGAUGCACUCUCUUCAGGGUAUUAUUAUUCCGUGUCUUCUUUCUGUAUUUGUAAAACAUUAUAAUGCUUUAAUUUCCUAUCUCUACACAUUCGGUUUGCUUAAAUAAAUGCAGGAUAUAACAAAAUGGUUCUCUUCUUGGUUCUCACCUUGGUUUCUUGGAGCGUGGGUCAUUGAUAAUAUCCCGGGUAUUAGAUUUAUCGU